AUGAAUGCGACUGAUGUCAUGGAUAUUUUGGAUAUUGAUGAAAGCGGACCAAAGAAAGGUAUUCUUGACAAGGAAGCUCUGCUUUCCAAAUCGGAUAAGAAGAAGUCUUCUAAGACCACCACAUUGAAGCGACCGGAGAAUAUUCCUCGUGAAUUAUGGGGCUUGCAGUCCACAUUGAACUCUGAAAUGCCCCCGCUUAUGCCCGUGGACGAUGCACCUAAAUAUUGCCAACCGAAAGCUGUAAUUGGCGAUGAUUUGAUUCUGUACCAUUGGAGACGAGAAAAAUCGGACGCUGAAGAUCCGACAGACGAGUAUCCAUUCGCUCGAUACAACAAACACGUUACUGUCCCUGAAUACACAACCGCAGAGUACGAAACCAUGCUUCAAGAUCCGAAGUGGACUGAGGCUAAAACUGCCCAUUUGAUGGAGCUUGCUCGUCGUUUUGAUCUGCGCUUUGUCCACAUGCGUGAUCGUUGGGACUUGGAACGAUUCCCUGGUCGACCGUCAAUCGAAGAUCUGAAGGAACGCUACUAUGGAAUCUUGAUAACACUGGAUAAGUCGCACGUACCUAGGUAUACAUUGGUUCAUUCAGCGAGCACCUACAUCUUUAUUUCGACAAUGUGGCUCACGUAUACGGAGCCGAAGUCACGUCGAAUUCAGUGCCAGUUGCUGGAUGGUUUGUAUUUCCUGUUUCUGUAG